UACUGCAUUUAUUUUUAUUGCUUUGCUUUAAACGCUACCUUCAAAACAAAACGAUACUUUACCGUAUGGAGUAAAAAGUAACCACUUAAGAAUUUGCCGCCUCUGCUUUAUUAUACAUUUGAAACAUUUUAAGUAUCCACUAAAGAGUAAACGGUAUUAAAGUCCGUGAAGUUUUUUUUUAUUUUCAAUGCAAAAUAAAGCUUUACCCGCAUGCAAAACUGAGGCAGAUGCAUUUUUUACAUUCAAGUUUUGAUACAAAUUUUCAAACAUUACUUAUAUUUUAUAUAAAGAUACGAAUAUAUUGAAAGCGAGUUUUACAUGUAGUGAGUUAACGACGCUUGCCAGCAAGUAUGAGCCAGUCACUCAAAUGAGUGAAGGAAAAGUAAGACAUUUACAACCAAAGGAAGAAAGGAAUGAAGGAAAAAGAAGAAAAGUGUUCAAGCUGUUGGCCUUGUGCACUGAGAUUAAACAAGAAAUUGCUAUUUAUUUUUGUUGCAAUUAACAUUACUUUUUGGUUUAUUUAUUAUAACGGUUGCUGUUCAUCCUUUUUGCAAAAGAAAACUAAGAAGAAUCACGCCAAGCCUGCUAUACAAUCACCGAUAUAUAAUGUUCCUCUUUUCCAUAUUCCACUUCUCAAUGAUGUUGAUAUGGGAACAUUUUAUCUAGAAAUUAAAUCUAAUAUUUGGUGCUUAAAACUCGGUACUGAAUUAACUAAGUCUCAAAAGGAAGGAAAAUGUGUGUGUAUGGAGAAUUGGUUUGGAUUAGACUGCGGUAUUCCUGCAGCUGCAUGGAAAUCUGGUUUCCUACAGGAAGGGAAAAACAACAAUGUUGAAAUAAGGCGACGGCGGAAACCUCGUCGUAUAGUAGUUUUAUAUGCUGUUGACGAUCAAUCGGACUUGUUGGAGAUAAACAUCCACAAUGCGUUUUUGUUCAUAGAUGUUGCUUUGACGAUUGAGGGGAAAGGUCACGAUCCUUCUGUACUUAAUCUUGUUAAAGAUGGAUAUUUGGCUGAGUAUCAGAACAAAAUAAUACCCAUACAGUUGAACAGAAGUUAUGUUGUCGAAAAGGAAGAUCAAUGGUCUGUCUUUAUGUUAACAGAAUUAUGGAAAGUUGUUUGGAAAAGACUUGCAGAUUUCCGUCCUGAUGAUAUAUUCCUUUUUUCACAUGUAUCAUCUGUAAUAUCAAAAGAUGUGUUACUAUUUUUAAAACUUUAUGACGGUUAUCCAGAGCCAUUCUUUUUUGAGCUUAGGCCUUUAUUAUUUAAGUUUUGGAGGCAAAUGAAAAGCAAUAGUACAGACGCCAAGUUUGUGCCUUUCAAACCACGAGGAUGCACUUUUCAGUACAUUGCUUCUCUCUGUGAUUAUGAAGUUUCAAAUUUUUUUUCAAAUAUUUGUUACGCUGAUUUGGAGCGCAACAAGCGCUUUGCAAAGAACUAUUGGUCUCCAUCCGGUUGGGUUUUAGGUAAUUCAUUUACGCCUAGUGGUUGGCAGUGUAAUUUAUGUUGCAAUAAUGAAUGCAUUAAAAAAAAUAUUAACGAGUAUCGCAAAAAUGGUAGCACUUCCUUACCGUUACGGUAUUUCCUUGGAAACACGUCUGUGAUGGAACAUUUUAUUGAGAAAAGUGAUUUAUUUAACAGCAAAGAUCUGUUUUUUGAAGUAGUUCCUAACAACGAUCCUUUUUUUGCUCCUAGUAUUGUGCUAAGCAAUCGCAGGUAUUCUCAUCUUAUUGAUUAACAUUUAUCGCUUGUAACUAAAAAGUUAAUUUCUUUCAUUGUGUAUUUGUUUUCAUCUUGUUGUUUGUUAUUAUAUUUAAGAGUACGUCGGUUAUAAAAAUUUGUUAUAUUUAUUAUGCAUUAUAUAUCGUUUUGUAUUUUUAUGAGCAAUAUUUUAUGAUUGCUGUUACGUGC